AUCUCUUGGAAGCUUUCGAGUCGAUGGUUGGAGAUCAAAGGCGGUGCAAGGAUGAGAGAUUGAGCAAGAUUCCUCUCAGGGGAGUCCUAUAACUAUAUCAAAUCUCAAAGAAGGGUAAUAAGCGGAUGGUCAUUUAAAUUGGAGUUAGAUCUCAAACUAGACUGCCAGAGUGAAGGGGUUUUCUCUGCGUCGAUGCUAAAGCUCCUUCAAUGGCGUCCUUCGCCUUCAGCUCCAUCACUUCAAACCCUAACCCAGCCGCCAUUCCUCCUCUUCCAUCUCCAUCGAUUUCUCACCCACUUUCAGUCCCAAUCCGAACUAGAAGACAUCUACGACCCUCCAUUUUCGCCCACUCCUAAACCCGAAACUCUCAAACCCAAGAAGAAGAAGAAGAAGAAAAAUACUCCCGGCGAAGCCAAGAAAGACGACGGGAAUAGCUUCCCCCUGAAAUCCGAUCUGCCCUUCGACUUCCGGUACUCCUAUUCCGAGACCAACCCGACGGUUCAGCCCAUUGGGUUCCGCGAACCGCCGCGGUUCUCCCCCUUCGGCCCCGGCCGGCUCGACCGGAAAUGGACGGGCACCUGCGCUCCGCUCGACCCGGCUCCCGAUUUGGCCGAGGUUGCGCGAGAACGUGAUGCAAUUCUCGGAGAAUCGCUAUCGGAAAAAGAGGUCGCGGAGCUCGUGGAACGGUAUCGUCACAGCGAUUGUUCUCGCCAGAUCAAUUUGGGGAGGGGAGGUGUUACUCACAACAUGCUUGAAGACAUCCACAACCACUGGAAGCGGGCUGAAGCAGUCAGGAUCAAAGUCUUGGGUGUGCCGACUCUUGACAUGGACAAUGUUUGCUUCCAUCUUGAGGACAAAUCUGGUGGAAAUAUUAUCCACCGCCACAUAAAUGUGCUCCUACUAUAUCGGGGGCGAAACUAUGACCCCAAGAGCAGGCCAGUUGUUCCUUUGAUGUUAUGGAAGCCCUAUGCUCCAAUAUAUCCGAAGCUCGUGAAGAAUGUCGUAGAUGGUCUCACAUUUGAGGAAACGAAGGAAAUUAGAAACAGGGGACUUAAGUCUCCACCUUUAAUGAAACUUACAAGGAAUGGCGUGUAUGUGAAUGUUGUGGAGAGAGUGAAGGAAGCGUUUCAGGCUGAAGAAGUUGUACGACUAGACUGCCUGCAUGUGGGUGCAAGUGACUGCAAGAAGAUAGGUGCUAAGUUAAGGGUACGACUAGCACUUGAAUCAGAUUUGGUGCCUUGUGUUCCAAUUCUGUUCAAGGAUGAGCAGAUUGUACUAUGGAGGGGAAAGAAAUAGCUGGAACCGGGCGCGGUUUUGUUGGCCAAACCUGCAGACCUUGGACAGCAUGAUUAGAUAUUCGGCGUGAAUUGGGAAGAGCUGGAUCAAGACUUGGUAACUCGGUUGUUCUACCACAAAUUAAUUUGCCUAUGCUCAUGGUGACACAUACAUGAUUGGAUGCUUAACUCUGCCCGUACUUUCCUAUUUAUGGCUGGUACAAGCUUGAUUAUAGGAGGGUUGCAUUUUGUAGCCGACAACUGGCGUAGAACUCAUGGAAUCAAACAGAAGGGGAGCUAGAAGUCCUGUAGCCGAACCGACAUGAAAUGAGGGGAGUGAGUUUUGGCACAUGGUAUUCCAGCAUCCAUGCUGCUUUGCAGAAAGGGAUUCUGUUGGUCCCAAAUAGGAUUUGUUUAGUAGUGGUGUUGUUGUACAAGGAAUGCAUGCAACACAACCUUGUAAUAGCUCUAUGAGAGAGUCUAGGAUCUCUGGUUGAGGUUCCUAAGGCUUAGGAUCUGUUUGGUAUUGUUGUGAAAUGGUUGCUGUCAUGGGAAUCAUUUUAACGAUAAGAACUUUUAUGAGCAUUAUUUUUGUAAAAACAAGUUUUACAUUUGGUCAAAUUAUUUUUAACAA